AUGACUUUUUUACUAAUAUUAUUAUUUAAUAUUUAUUGCAUUUUUUCUACUUCUAGUUACAUUAAUAAUCCUAGAAAAACAGUAAAUAAUUUUGGAUUUCAUCAACCAAAUUAUUUACAUCGAGGAAUUCAAAAUAAAGAUCAAAAAUUUAUUAGGAAAUUGAAGCCAAGUAGUUUUAGUAAUUUAGUAUGGAGUAAAAUAUGGAACCAUUGCAAUUAUGUUUGUUAUUCAAGUUCAAAUUUUUUAAAAUUGAAAACAAAACUUCUAGCAGAAAUGAAUGCUUAUAGAAGGCAUAAUCAUGCUUCUCCAUUGAAAUUAAAUCAACAUCUUAGCACAAAAGCACAACAACAUGCUAAAGCCUAUGCUUCUUCUAGAGUAUUAUAUAAAAUUAUUCAUAUGAGAAAAUAUGGUGAACUUGUAGUAGUAUCUCAAAAAAAUAAUGCAAUUCAAAUUGCAAGAAAUUGGUAUAUAAAAGGUGAUAAUUAUAAUUAUAAAAAUAGUAGAAGCCAAAAUAAAUAUUUUGAUGAAUUUACACAAUUAGUAUGGAAAAGUAGUACAAAUAUAGGUAUUGGAAUUGCACAAAAAAAAUAUCAUCUUGUUGUUGUUUGCCUCUUUAAUCCACCAGGUAAUAAAAGAAAUCAAUAUAUUUCCAAUGUUCUUCCUCCAAAUUAA